AUGGCAUUUGGCGACAAUUUACUCCAGCUUGAAGAGCCUCUUUUAAGAGUGCCAUGUGAAUCCAUGCGCAAGACGUUCAAAACAGCGCAGCGGGUUCUCGAAAAGAACAUUGAACUAACAUCAGCAACAUGCAAAUCACUCAACAAGUCAAAAAAAUCAGAGGACAUUGACAUGACAAGAGAAGCAGUUAAAGAGAAUGCGCAGCAGGCUGUUGCACAAGUUGAUGGUAUGAUUUUACGGAUGCAAGGACUCAAGCGUAAGAUGGAACAGAUUCAAGAGGAGCAGCAAACCCACUUGGCCACUACAAAAGCCCGCAUAGAUUUCCUAGAUAAACUUUCAGACCCACAAAUGACCGACAUGGAUAGCGAUGCAUACAAGCAGUGGUCACGAACACGCGUAGAAAUGCUGGUAGCAGACUACUGCUUACGGGAUGGAUGCCUCAAGACCGGACUGGCACAUUGCAAGAACUUGGAUAUUGAGAAGCUGGUGGACAUUGACGAGCUGACUGAGUGCCAUCGUAUUGAAGAGAGUUUGCGUAAAGACCAUCAAAUAACAGCGUGCCAGGCAUGGUGUCAGGAAAACAAGCAGUUUUUGAAAAAGGUCCGCUCUGGGCUCGAAUUUGAAAUCAAGCUACAACAGUUUAUCGAGCUGGCACGCGCCAACCGCAAGACUGAGGCCAUCCAGUAUUACCGCCAACAACUGGUCAAAAAUUACUCCGAAACACACCUGGCUGUUCUCCAGCAAGUAUCUGCUCUACUAGCCUUCCCGCCAGACCAGGAUGUGGAACACUAUGCACACUUUUAUGCAGACGAGCGCUGGGACUCCCUCGCACGUAUGUUUGUUGAAACAUUCCAAGAUCUGCAUGGACUGCCCACACGAUCAGCUCUUGUACGGUAUGUGGCAACAGGUAUAUCUGCUCUCAAGACUCACUCUUGCAGGGUCUAUGUGGAAGGAGAAGAGGAAGCUCCUCCAAAAAAGACUGCCAAAAUCCCAAGAGACUUGUCGCGGGCCCAUAUGUGUCCAGUAUGUUCUGUGGAACUGAGACGGCUAGCUGCAUCAUUGCCUUAUGCGAUGCAUGUCACUUCACGGCUGGAACCGGACCCCGUUGUACUGCCCAACAAUCGCAUCUAUGGGUUGGCCAAGUUGUUAGAGUACUCGAAGCGGGUGACUGGAGACACCGACAAGAUUGUAGAUCCGGUGACAGAAGAGACAUUUGGUGCGCACGUGUACUCAAUGGUUUAUCCUACAUGA